AUGGCACUGACUAGAGAAAACACCUCAACUUCAAGGUGGUCUCUGUUAGGCAAGACAGCUCUUGUCACCGGUGGAACUCGCGGAAUCGGACGCGCAAUUGUGGAGGAGCUAGCUCAACUUGGUGCCACUGUCCACACUUUCGCAAGAAAAGAAGCAGAGCUAAAUCAACUCUUACAAGAAUGGUCCUCCAGGGGAUAUAAGAUCACUGGCUCCAUCUGCGAUGCAUCCUCAAGAGAGCAAAGAAUUGAGAUCAUCGAAAAGGUCUCCUCCCUCUUUGAUGGAAAGCUUAAUAUCCUAGUAAAUAAUGUUGGAACAGGCGUAAGGAAGCCAGCUGAAGAUUUUACAGCUGAGGAAUAUCAUAUGAUUAUGUCUAUGAACCUCGACUCUUGCUUCCAUCUCUCCCAACUUGCUUAUCCUCUUCUGAAGUCAUCUGAGAACGGAAACAUCGUAUUCAUCUCCUCCGUUGCAGGUUUGGUAGGUCUGCAAUAUUCAGCUGUUUAUUCAGCAACUAAAGCUGCAAUGAAUCAACUCACAAGGAAUUUGGCUUGUGAAUGGGCUAAAGAUAACAUUCGGGUCAAUUCUGUUGCACCUUGGUUCAUCAGAACCCCACUGGUGGAAGAUUGGAUUGGGGCUAAUGACAACUUGAAGAAAAUAGAAUCAAGAACUCCCAUGAGGCGAAUUGGAGAGCCUGAAGAAGUUUCAUCCCUGGUGGCAUUCCUUUGUCUCCCUGCUGCUUCAUACAUCACUGGACAAGUUGUGCCUGUCGAUGGAGGAAUGACUAGCUCAAGGUGGUCUCUGUUGGGAAUGACGGCUCUGGUCACAGGCGGUUCUCGCGGGAUAGGCCGCGCAAUCGUGGAGGAACUAGCUGAACUGGGUGCAACAGUCCACACCUUUUCAAGAAACGAAGCAGAGCUCAAUCAAGUCUUGCAGGAGUGGUCCUCAAAGGGAUUCAAAGUCACUGGUUCAAUCUGUGAAGCAUCUUCAAGAGAUCAAAGAAGCCAGCUCAUGGAGAAGGUUUCCUCCACCUUCAAUGGGAAGCUCAACAUCCUGGUAAACAAUGUUGGGACUUGCAUAGGAAAGCCUGCAGCUGAUUUUACUGCUGAAGAGUAUAAUCUGAUCAUGUCCACGAAUCUUGAAUCGGGUUACCAUUUCUCCCAACUUGCUUAUCCUCUCUUGAAAGCAUCUGGGGUGGGAAAUAUUGUGUUCAUUUCCUCUGUUGCAGGUCUAGUGAAUGUGCAGUAUUCAUCUAUUUAUGGUGCAACUAAAGGUGCAAUGAAUCAACUGACGAGAAAUUUGGCUUGUGAAUGGGCUAAGGAUAACAUCCGGGUCAAUUGUGUUGCUCCUUGGAUGGUCAGAACAUCCCUAGUGGAAUUUGCCCUAAACGAUGUGGAAUUCUCAAGGAGAAUUGAAGCAAGAACUCCAAUGAGGCGCCCUGGAGAGCCAGAAGAAGUUUCAGCAGUGGUAGCUUUCCUUUGUCUUCCAGCUGCUUCCUAUGUUACUGGACAGGUAAUUGCUGUUGACGGAGGACUGACUGUUAAUGGAUUCGAGUAGAAGAAUCAGGGCCAUUCAGAGAAGCUUUUUUUUUUUUGAGAGUUUGAGAUUAUAUGUGUUGUUAUCAAGUUCUACUAGUCUUUGUCAAUUUUUAUUUUUUUUUUGGUUGAUAAGGAAUCCGCAAUCACUAUUCGAGAA